AUGUGUGCAUCCUAUGUGAUUUCAGAGUUGGAGAAGUGUACGUCCCAGCAACAGGUCACGGAUCUUCAAAACUCGGCUGCACACUUUGUUUGUUGCCGAUGUAUUGAGACUUUCCUCAAGUCACCGUCUACUCAGCCCAUUUUGAUAUCAGAAGUUCAAAAAAUGUCUGAAUUUUUGAGAAAAUGGGUAAAGCUGUAUGCUUCUCUUCUCGGGGGGCAAGUUCAAUCAAGUAUUUUGAAGCGUAAAAUCGCCCAGACUGUGUGCUUGGCUGUCAUACGCUACUAUCCAACCAGUUGGUCAUCUCUUUUCGAUGAGAUGUUAGGAUUAUUCUCUGAACUUGAUGUACAACAAUCAAAUUCCCCAUUUACUAAGUCUUGCCCCACCCUCUUGACGUUGCUGGACGUCUUCCUUGAAGUUCUGCAAGAACUGGACUCGUUUAUUUUUAGUCGGCAAGUGCAACUUACUCCAGAAGAACUAACAAAGGCAACAUUAAUUAAAGAUACAAUGAGGGUCACAUGUUUGCCAUCAAUAAUUCAGAUGCUUAUUCAAGUUUUGAAAGGUCUACAAGUAAAUCAAGCUAGAGAAUUCGAGCUUAUAUGCUUUUCAUUGCAAGUCAUUGGACUAUACGCACUGUGGAUUGACAUCAAGUUAGUAGUUAAUGAAGAAUUCGUCAACAUCCUGCGUACGCUCGUUCAAUGCACAGAGCCUAAACUUCACCAAAGUCUAUGUCUUCUUCUGAAGGGUCUUGUUACCAAAGGAAUGGCAUCGUUUCCCGACAAACUUUCUCUUAUCCUCUCGUUGUGGCCUGAACUUUUGCAGCCACUACUUAACUCUCCUUGCAUCGCGAAAGUGCUAGCAUUUAAUUCUCCUUCCCAAAAUCCAGUAAAUGGAAUCGCUGAAGAGGAUGCGGAUGAUGUUGUAGGCUUACUGCAAGAAUUCUCUUCGCUUUUCGGAAGUGUGGGAUAUAAUCUCACGGAGGCGUAUCGUGCCUUGGUUUUGUCCAACGCCCCAAUCCCCUCAAACACAAUAGAUACCAGUGUCUUCUCCCAGCCCACUUCAAACUGGCAGGCUGCUGUCGACCAGUGCUUAGACAAAUUGGAGGCUGUCGCAGACAUCGCCAUCAGUUUGCUCGCCUACUCUGACAGUGAUGUUAGCCAAGGUGUAGUCAUGUUCAUCGGCGAUUACCUUGGUCUCUUGAAGAACAAUCAAUUGGAUACAUUUCCCGCGAAACCACAAGCGAAGGCGGCCACUCUCUCGAAUGGCGCGGGGGGGUUGUCUCAGGAGAAGAGCAAGGUGCUUCUCGACUUGACCUCCGAUCGAUUGUAUCGACUUCAGCGCCUUCUCGGGAUCUUGAUGGAGAAAAUAAAGUACCCCAACGACGCGGGAGCCGAAGACUUGGAGGAGUUUGAAGAGGACCGUCACGAGUAUCUCACGAUUGUGCGCAGCAUAGCUCGAAUCGAUGGAGGUCUUGUACUUGAUGCUAUCCAAAGCUUUCUUCAGCACAUCCUUCUCCAAUUACCCACUUCAAUGGGUGCCAAAGAUGCGGGCAGUGAAGCCUUAUCACGGCUGGAGGCCUGUCUCUUCCUCUUCUUCUCAAUCGGAGAAUUUUAUAAGGCUCCAAGGAAUGAUCAUUUCGCUCAGGGCUACGUGUAUAGUGCCAAAAUGAACGAACUAAUGACUAACAUCUGUUGCAGUAACGUCUCCUCCAUUGAAUUUUUCCCCGUGCAGUUAGAUUUCUUUGAAAUAAUCGGCCGCUACGACAAAUUCUUCAACUCCUCCUCCAAACUUCUCUACGAAGUCCUGGCUGCCUUCUUAGACGCGCGUGGUUUGCGGAAUCCCAAUGUGAAGGUUCGGUGUCGAUGCGCCUACCUUUUCAGUCGAUUCGUCAAGUCUCAUAAGUCGAUGCUUGCGCCACACGCAGAACAAAUCUUGCAGCAGCUCGAAGGCCUUCUUCCCCUCGACCCCACACCUCAAACACCGGAGUCUAAAGGCAUCAACGGGUUCGCAAAGCCACCGUCGGUUCCCACUGCUACCGGAGGUGGUUUGUUCUCCAUAACUGAGCAGAGCUUUCUCUACGAGUCUUCAGCCAACCUCAUUCUUGCACGACAAACCAAUACCGAAGGUGGCCACGAAACAGCCCAAUUGUUCGCCAUGCUCCUGAGACCCAUUCUACUCCAGUUUCCACAACUCGUCCGCCUCCUGGCCGGAGAAAAAGAUCCAGAGUUGGCAGAAGCACGCGGCAUUGUCGUGAAGCAAGCUGCCGACCUGAUAACUCGCACAACCCGCGUAAUGUCCGCUCAGACCCCACCACAAGCCGAACUUGUUCACAUCUUCAUGGAAAUCCUCAACGUGAUGGUCGGCAGUCUGGCGCUCCUUCCAACCGCUCCAGGCUCGCCAGGUCGAACGUCGGCUUGUGCGGGCAUUCGAGCCUUCCUCCACCGCCUCAUCGGCUCCAUCGGUCCAGAAUGCAACGUGGUCGUCAAAACCGGUGUUGGUGGUGGCGGAGGUGGAGGUAGUGGAGGUGACGGUGUUAGCCAGGAGGGUAGUACCGCCUCCAACUUGCUCCUCCUAGCGUUAUCGACAGUUGUGCCUCAGCUAAUCGAUGUCCACUCCGGUCCUUCCAUCCCUGCUGGUGAUCCCGACAUUAGGUGGAGGGAACUGCGGGAGCAUAUGCCUCUGUUCUCCCAAGUCGCUGCGCGAUAUAAGGAUCGCUCUGUGCCCUUCCUCACAGAGUGUCUACCGCCCCUGAUCGCAGCCACCCUGAACGCCCUGGCAGAGCCCCUGCACGAGUCCCAGUUGGUCGCUAUUGAAGAGCGAAAGUCCCUCCGACGAGGUCUGCUCCAAAUGCUUUAUGGCAUCGGCCAGGUCCUGCCUCAGGGCGUCCUCGUUGCUCUGGGUUCCGACGCGGCCAGCGUGCUCGCGUCGAUAGUGAGCCUAAUCGAGGCGUGUUUGGAGGCAGACGAUGCGGUAGGCAUGAAGGCGGGCUUCUCCUUCUUCGUCGGCUGCAUCACCAACUUCGGCGGCGACGAGGCCUUCUACAAGGAGUUCCUUCUGCCCCACCUCCUCCCCUUGGCAUUCCUUUGUCCCGCCAGACCCGCCUUCCGUCUCACCGACGCGCAAUUUUCACUGGCCCUCAACGAGGCCGCCAGCUGUGUCUUCGCCAUCAACUCCGCCAAGGGUGAAGUCUUUCAGCAAUACCUUCGUCAGAACUUCCUUCCCCAACAGAACCUCUCCACGCAAUACAUUGAGCUGUACAUGAACAGGCUGCUGACAAAACUUCUACUCUUCAUUCCACUGAAACUCGGUGUUCCUCCGGCCUUCCCCCACCCACUCCUCCUCUCCCCUCGUCCUGAUGCCGUCUAUUGCGCUCUGUCGUGUGACAGACGUCCCUCUCCCGUCGCCCUCCCAACAUUGUACAAAAAGAGCGCGUUACUGAUUAUUGGAGUUUUGAGAGAAGCGAACAACGUGGCCACUCAUCCUCCUACGUUCCCGUCCCAGCCUCCCCAACCCUUAUGCAUCGUUGUAUCCCUUCUACCAAAUGGCGUCUACUUUGAUACUCUGAAUGCUUAUUCUGCUGGAUAG